AGAGGUGGCUUCAUGCUUCUCUGAAGAAAUUACAAACAAGCUGAACUAGAAGUCCUGAUUGCAGCAACCAGGCAUUUAACUUUGAGAACCGCUGUUCAGCGAAGAGGUGUCCUUAAAGGAACCAGGUCCUAGUGACAGUAGGAUCAUGUUGGAAGAUCUUUUUCAAUCCUCCACUUCAGUCUCUCUGUUGAUGGCCAUUGUGGGUCUGCUGGUCUUCCACCUGUUUUACUCCGGGGUCAGCUCCCAAGACAGGAAGAGGGAGCCUCCAGGACCUAAACCUCUUCCCCUGCUUGGUAACCUGCUUCAGGUGGAUCUCAAGAGACUCGACAGCUCUCUUGUUGAUCUGUCCAAAAAAUAUGGACCAGUGUUCACAGUCUACUUUGGACCGAAGAAGGUGGUGGUCCUGGCAGGAUACAGUACAGUCAGACAGGCUCUGGUCAACCAUGCUGAGGAGUUUGGAGACCGAGAGGUCACUCCCAUAUUCUAUGACUUCAACAAAGAAAAUGGUAAAGAAAUGAUUGUUUGUUUGUUUUACUGGCCCGUUUUUAUCCUUGUCUUGGCAAACCAACCGUUUUUGUUUCCAGGCAUACUAUUUUCCAAUGGUGACUCGUGGAAAGAAAUGAGGCGUUUUGCUCUAUCUACAUUGAGAGAUUUUGGGAUGGGCAAAAGGAUUAGUGAGGGGAGAAUCAUCGAAGAAUGUCGCUACCUGAUUGAAGAAUUUGAGCAACACGAAGGUAAAGCCUUCGACAACGCCCAGACAAUUAAUUAUGCAGCUUCAAAUAUUAUAUCAGCUAUCAUGUUUGGAAAGAGGUUUGAAUACAAAGACCCUGUAUUCCAAGCUAUGGUGGAAAGAGACCACGAGUCCAUCCGUCUGACUGGAACAGCAUCCAUCCUGAUAUACGACAUGUUUCCUUGGCUGGGCCCUUUUCUUAAAAACUAUAAGCAUUUGAUGAAGAAUGUGGAGGACAACAAGGAGCAAAUAAGAAGUAUAAUAGCUGACCUGAAGGAGACUCUGAACCCUGAUAUGUGCAGAUGCUUUGUUGAUGCAUUCCUGACCCGUAAACUAAAUCUGGAGGAGUCUGAAAUCGAGAAUUCAUACUAUCAUGAUGAAAACCUGGUCUACAGUGUGAUGAAUCUGUUUGCAGCUGGGACCGAUACUACAGGAAAUACACUUCGGUGGUGUUUACUUUUCAUUGCCAAGUACCCUCAUUUUCAAGACCAGGUCUAUGAGGAGCUGAGCAGGGUGGUUGGAAGCCGUCAGGUCCGAGUAGAUGACCGUAAAAACCUGCCGUACACUGAUGCUGUCAUCCACGAGGCACAGAGACUGGCCAACAUUGUCCCCAUGGCCAUUCCUCACAAAACCAGCCAAGACGUCACCUUCCAGGGCUACUUCAUCAAAGAGGGGACUACUGUGUUUCCUCUUCUUACCUCUGUCCUGCAUGGUGAGAGCGAAUGGGAGAGCCCACACACUUUCAACCCUUCCCACUUCCUGGAUAAGGACGGUAAAUUCAUCAGGAGAGACGCCUUCAUGGCCUUUUCUGCAGGUCGCAGGGUGUGUCUCGGAGAGAGUCUGGCCCGAAUGGAACUCUUCCUCUUCUUCACCUCCCUCCUCCAGCGCUUUCGUUUCUCUCCUCCACCUGGAGUCACAGAGGAUGAACUGGAUCUGGCACCCAUUGUGGGCUUCACCCUCACCCCGUCACAUCAUGAGCUGUGUGUUGUCAGUCGCCAAUGAGGAAGAGAGCUGGAACCUAAUGUUUUUUGCAUCAUUGAAGAAAAAUUUCCAUAAUAACCUUUCAGCAUAUUGUAAUUCAAGUGU